UAACCAUAGUUUUUUGUUAUGUCUUUGCUACUUUUUUUUUUUUUAAACAGUCUGGAACCAACAUGGUGCAGUAUUUGCUGCAAUAGGAACAGAGGAAUCCAUUCCUGUUUGUAUUGUCCUUUGCAGCAGCGUCUCUUAUUCAAGCAUGUACAAAUAAUACGUGGGCUGCAAUCAAAGAAAUCCAUGUAACUCUGAAAAUGUCGUACACAGUCACGGACCUUCCUAUGCUGGACCAGGGAACAGAGAUCUUUAAGACCCUUCACUACUUCAGUAAUCUUACAGCAUGAAGAACCCCCUGGGCACACAGGAGAGCCCAGCUAGAAUGUGCUGGGACCUGCUGGACUGUGAGCACAGGUUAAACCAUGGCUCGUAUUGGAUUGACUCGAAUCUGGGCUGCACCUCUGAUAGAAUUGAAGUCACCUGCAACUUUACAGGAGGACAGACCUGCCUGAGACCCAUCACUACAUCCAAAAUUACAGAUGGCCGGUGGCAUCGGACCCAGUUCCUUUUCCAGACGGACGAUCCUACCCUGCUUCCAAUAGUGGAUGUUGUGAACCUCCCAAGCAAGAAACCUGGCUCUAAUUAUCACCUAAAGGAUGGACCUGUGCUUUCUUUAAAGCACAGUCAAAAGAGAAAUGGACAUGAGAACUACAGCUUAUUUUCUUAGAAUGUUUCAUCUCGUACUGCUCAGACUUGGACUGCAGAUUCUUCAUGAAGGAACCACAGAGCAUUUUUCGAGAAAAAAAAAAACCAAGACUCUUAUUGCUAGAAGCUCUGGUGACUAACAGCUUUUUUUCUCAUUUGACUUUGUUGAGGAUUGGUUGACAGACCAAUAAUUUUUUUUCUUAUUGAUGCUGUCUGCACAAGAUUUUCUGUUUUAGUGUGAGAGGAAAUGGAAGUUGAACAUGGAUUUGCAUUUACAGUACUUAUUUUGUAUUGUUUUGUAUUUAUAGCUAUUUGUAUAUUUGCGAUGUGAGAUCUCGUUAUGUAAAAAUAAAUUGUAUAUUUGACGUUUGAAAGGAAUGAAGGUUUACUGUCACUGGUAUGGGUGUUUUCAGGUUUAAUGCACGACUGUGUCCAUGUGUGUGAAUAUGAUCUGUAGUUCUUGUUAACAUACUUGGUGGAUUUUAAAAUGUUUAAAUACACACACCAAAGUGUAUCACAUCAGGUUUAGUUCACAUUGAUGGAGGUGGAUUUAUUUACACUUGAAAGUGUCAACCUCCAAUCAUGAUUUAUGAUGCUUUUGGGAGCUUUUAAAAUAUACAAUAAUGUGUCUCCUGUGGUUGAGCUGCCAGUCAAUGCCAGUUUGUACUUACAUUUAACAAAUGUCUAUACAUGAAGUGUGUUGUACUAAAGGAAAUAUUUUUGUAUAAACUGAAAAAUAAAA